GGCCCGAGGAGGGGGUGGCUAGAGCCAGCAGCGGAGCUCCCGGAGAGGCAGGCGUGCCGGACGCAGCUCUCCCAGCGCCAGCCUCCGCCGCCGCCUCGCUCGCCUCGCCCGCCUCGCCCGACCUCGCGCUCCCCCUGGACCGAGCCGCGCGGAGCACGAUGCGCGGGAGCCCGCCGAGGCCCCUGGCCGCGCUGGUCCCGCUGCUGGCGGCCGCGUUGCUGGCGGGCUGGGCUGCGGCGGCCAUGGACGAGUGCGCGGACGAGGGAGGACGGCCGCAGCGCUGCAUGCCCGAGUUCGUCAACGCCGCCUUCAACGUGACCGUGGUGGCCACCAACACGUGCGGCGCCCCGCCCGAGGAGUACUGCGUGCAGACCGGGGUGACCGGGGUCACCAAGUCGUGUCACCUGUGCGACGCCGGGCAGCCCCACCUGGCGCACGGGGCCGCCUACCUGACCGACUACAACAACCAGGCCGACACCACCUGGUGGCAGAGCCAGACCAUGCUGGCCGGGGUGCAGUACCCCAGCACCAUCAACCUCACCCUGCACCUGGGAAAAGCCUUUGACAUCACAUAUGUGCGCCUGAAGUUUCACACCAGUCGUCCUGAGAGCUUUGCUAUCUACAAGCGUACCCAGGAAGAUGGACCCUGGAUUCCAUACCAGUACUACAGUGGCUCCUGUGAGAAUACCUACUUGAAGCCCAACCGUGGUUUCAUCAGGACAGGCGGGGAUGAACAGCAAGCAUUGUGCACUGAUGAGUUCAGUGACAUUUCUCCUCUCACUGGAGGCAAUGUGGCCUUUUCAACACUGGAAGGAAGGCCCAGCGCCUACAACUUUGACAAUAGCCCUGUGUUGCAGGAAUGGGUAACUGCCACAGACAUCAGAGUAACCCUCAAUCGCCUGAAUACUUUUGGAGAUGAAGUGUUUAACGACCCCAAAGUUUUGAAGUCUUAUUAUUAUGCAAUUUCUGAUUUUGCUGUGGGUGGCAGGUGUAAAUGCAAUGGACACGCAAGUGAGUGUGUGAAGAACAACUUUGAUAAAUUGGUAUGUAAUUGCAAGCACAAUACCUAUGGAGUGGACUGUGAAAAGUGUCUUCCUUUCUUUAAUGACCGGCCAUGGAGGAGAGCAACUGCAGAGAGUGCCAGCGAAUGUCUGCCUUGUAACUGCAAUGGAAGAUCACAAGAAUGUUACUUUGACCCUGAACUGUACCGUUCUACAGGCCAUGGUGGCCACUGUACCAACUGCCAGGGUAAUACUGAUGGUGCCAAUUGUGAAAGGUGUCGGGAAAAUUUCUAUCGCCUUGGGAAUGAGGAAGCAUGCCUGCCAUGCCAUUGUAGCCCUGUUGGCUCUCUCAGUACACAGUGUGAUAAUUAUGGACGAUGUAGCUGUAAGCCAGGUGUGAUGGGUGACAAAUGUGAUCAGUGCCAGCCUGGAUUCCACUCUCUUACUGAGGCAGGAUGCAGGCCAUGUUCUUGCAACCCUGCUGGAAGUACAGAUGAAUGUAAUGUUGAAACUGGGCGUUGUGUUUGUAAAGACAAUGUGGAAGGAUUCAGCUGUGAGAGGUGCAAGCCUGGAUUUUUUCACUUGGAGUCAUCCAAUCCUCGAGGCUGUACUCCUUGCUUCUGUUUUGGGCAUUCUUCUGUCUGUACAAAUGCAGAAGGAUACAGCGUCCACUCUAUAACUUCCACUUUCCAGAUAGGUGAUGAAGGAUGGCGUGCUGAACAGCGGGAUGGCUCUGAGGCUUCACUCCAGUGGUCUUCUGAGAGCCAGGAGGUAUCUGUGAUCUCAGAUAGUUACUUUCCCAUAUACUUCAUUGCACCUGACAAAUUUUUAGGUAACCACCUGUUGAGUUAUGGUCAGAAUCUCACUUUCUCCUUUCGAGUGGAAAGGCGGGAUACACGACUCUCUGCAGAAGAUCUGGUUCUUGAAGGAGCUGGUCUUAGAGUAUCUGUUCCCUUAAUUGCUCAGGGCAACUCCUAUCCAAGUGAGACCACUGUGAAAUACGUUUUUAGACUUCAUGAAGCAACGGAUUAUCCCUGGAGACCUACUCUUACUCCUUUUGAAUUUCAAAAACUACUAAAUAACUUAACUUCUAUCAAGAUUCGUGGGACAUACAGUGAGAGAAGUGCUGGAUAUUUGGAUGAUGUCACUUUGGCGAGUGCCCAACGUGGACCUGGGGUCCCUGCAGUUUGGGUAGAGUCCUGUACCUGCCCUGUGGGAUAUGGAGGGCAGUUUUGUCAACUGUGUGUCUCAGGAUACAAAAGGGAAACCCCUAGUCUUGGACCUUACAGUCCCUGUGUGCUUUGUACCUGCAAUGGACAUAGUGAGACCUGUGACCCUGAGACAGGUGUUUGUAACUGCAGAGAUAACACGGCUGGUCCACAUUGUGAAAAGUGUGCUGAUGGCUACUAUGGAGAUUCAACAGAUGGUACUUCCUCUGAUUGUCAGCCUUGUCCAUGCCCAGGAGGCUCCAGUUGUGCUGUUGUGCCCAAGACAAAGGAGGUGGUAUGCACCAAUUGUCCUACUGGCACCACUGGUAAAAGAUGUGAACUUUGUGAUGAUGGCUAUUUUGGAGACCCCCUUGGUGAAAAUGGCCCCACAAGACUUUGCCGACCUUGUCAGUGCAGUGACAACAUUGAUCCCAAUGCAGUUGGAAAUUGCAACCGCUUAACUGGAGAAUGCUUGAAGUGCAUCUAUAACACUGCUGGCUUUUAUUGUGACCGCUGCAAAGAUGGUUUUUUUGGGAAUCCCCUGGCCCCCAAUCCAGUAGACAAGUGCAAAGCUUGUAGUUGUAAUCCUUAUGGCACUGUGAAUCAACAGACUACUUGUAAUCAAGUGACUGGGCAGUGCGAGUGCCUCCCUCAUGUCACUGAGAGGGAUUGCAGCGCCUGUGAUCCUGGAUUCUAUAAUCUACAGAGUGGACGAGGAUGUGAGAGAUGUAACUGUCAUGCUCUUGGUUCUACCAAUGGCCAGUGUGACAUACGCACUGGCCAAUGUGAAUGUCAACCAGGCAUCACUGGUCAACGCUGUGAGCAGUGUGAACCCAACCACUUUGGAUUUGGACCUGAAGGCUGCAAACCAUGUGAUUGUCACCCUGAGGGGUCACUUUCACUCCAGUGCAAAGAUGAUGGUCGUUGUGAAUGCAAGGAGGGGUUUGUGGGAAAUCGCUGUGACCAGUGCGAAGAAAACUAUUUCUAUAAUCGGUCUUGGCCUGGCUGCCAGGAGUGUCCUGCAUGCUACAGACUAGUGAAAGAUAAAGUUGCUGAUCAUCGAGUGAAGCUCCAAGAGCUAGAGAACCUUAUAGCAAACCUUGGAACUGGAGAUGAAACAGUCACGGAUCAAGCCUUUGAGGACAGACUGAAGGCAGCAGAGAGAGAGGUUAUGGACCUUCUGCGGGAGGCUCAGGACAUCAAAGAUAUAGACCAGAACCUGAUGGAUCGCCUCCAGAGGGUCAAUAACACCCUGUCCAGCCAAAUCAGUCGCUUGCAGAAUAUCCGCAACACUGUGGAAGAGACAGAAAAUUUAGCUGAGCAAGCCCGCACACGAGUCGAGAGCACAGAAAGACUCAUUGAAAUUGCUUCCAGAGAACUGGAGAAAGCAAAAGUGGCCAUUGCCAAUGUGUCAGUUACCCAACCAGAUUCUACUGGGGAUCCUAACAACAUGACUCUCUUGGCAGAAGAGGCUCGUAAACUUGCUGAACGACAUAAAAAAGAGGCUGAUGACAUUGUACGGGUAGCGAAGACAGCCAAUGAUACAUCAACUGAAGCCUAUAAUCUGCUCUUGAGGACUUUGGCUGGAGAGAAUCAAACAGCAAAUGAAAUUGAAGAACUUAAUAGGAAAUAUGAACAAGCGAAGAACCUCUCACGAGAUCUGGAGAAGCAGGCUACCCGAGUACAUGAAGAGGCCAAACGAGCUGGAGACAAGGCUGUAGAAAUUUAUGCUAGCGUUGCCCAGCUGACGCCUGUGGAUUCUGUGGCCCUUGAGAAUGAGGCUAAUAAGAUAAAGAAGGAAGCGGAGGCCCUGGAACAGAUGAUGGACAAGAAGCUGAGAGACUACGAGGACCUCCGGGAAGACAUGAGAGCCAAAGAGCUGGAGGUGAAGGACCUGCUGGACAAAGGGAGGACCGAGCAGCAGACAGCUGACCAACUCUUGGCCCGAGCUGAUGCUGCCAAGGCUCUUGCUGAGGAAGCUGCUAAAAAGGGGAAGAACACGUUACAAGAAGCCAAUGACAUUCUCAACAACUUGAAAGAUUUUGAUAGACGAGUAAAUGAUAACAAGACAGCAGCAGAGGAGGCGCUAAAGAAGAUUCCUGCCAUCAACCAGACGAUUGCUGAGGCCAAUGAAAAGACAAGAGAAGCGCAGCUGGCCUUGGGCAACGCGGCUGCAGAUGCCACUGAAGCCAAAACUAAGGCCCAUGAGGCGGAAAAGAUCGCAGGGGCUGUGCAGAAGAAUGCUACCAGUGCCAAAGCAGAGGCAGAAAGGACUUUUGCAGAUGUUACAAGUUUGGACAGAGAGGUGGAUGAAAUGUUGAAACAGUUACAAGAAGCAGAAAAGGAACUGAAGAAAAAGCAAGAUGAUGCUGACCAAGAUAUGAUGAUGGCAGGAAUGGCUUCACAGGCUGCUCAGGAAGCAGAGAUUAAUGCAAGAAAGGCCAAGAACUCUGUUAGUAACCUUCUCACCAUCAUCAAUGACCUCUUGGAACAACUUGGGCAGCUGGACACUGUAGACCUGAACAAGCUGAAUGAGAUCGAGGGCACCCUGAACAAAGCCAAAGAUGAGAUGAAGAUCAGUGAUCUUGACAGAAAAGUAUCUGAUCUAGAAAACGAAGCCAAGAAACAAGAGGCUGCCAUUGUGGACUACAACAGAGACAUUGAGGAAAUCAUGAAAGACAUUCGCAACCUAGAGGACAUCAAGAAGAGCUUGCCAUCAGGCUGCUUCAACACCCCUUCCAUUGAGAAACCCUAAAGGCAUGUCAGCAGGGUGGGGGGACGACCUUCCCACAGUUCACUGGUGGAGUGAUAGUGAGGCUGUGGAGUGCCUUCACACACAGAUGACCUUCUUCAGACCCCAACUCUCCGCUGCUCUUGGUCACUGUUCUUUAUGAACCAGGAAAAGUUGCAAAGUUCAAAGAGAGGCAAAUUAAACUUCUAUCUUUGGGCAUCAAAGGGUUUUCUUUUAUAAAGUCUCUCUCUUCCAUCCAAAAUACCCUACCUUACCUUCACUCUCCCUUUUAAUUUGCACAAGGACACAAAGUGUCCCAGGUUAUAGUACAGUGGUACAAAUGCAACUGUAUGUGAACCAUUGUAUGACAAGGCACAGGAAACCCAAGCUCUCGCUUCUCUCACUGCCACCUAAAAGACCCUCCUCAGCCCUAGUCAGAUCUCUUACGGGAAGGCUGGGAGAGCCCCACCUCCAGGGAGAAAAAAUGGUCCUCUGGAGCCCUGCCCCUUAUUCAGCAGAAUUUUAAAGGAAAUCAACAUCCCUGUGCCAAAAGUAGUGUCCAGUUAGAAUUUUGGUAGCCGUCUACCAAAUGUUUUACCAUCUGUUCUGAGUGCAAUACACUGAGCCACCUGCUGAUUUUAAGAAGAUGCUGUUAUUUAUAAUGUUGUUUAGCAGGCCCCAGGACAGAAAAAGGGGGCUAAAGUUUUUCUCAAAAGCCUCUCAUGGCCUGAAAAGCAAACCAUUUCCCAAAUCUUUGGGUUGUCAGCUAAUUCUCUGAGCUGGCAGCUUGCAAGAUAGGGGUCUGUUUUGCAUUCACCAAAAGACUUGUAUCCCUCUAUGUGGAGUUUAUGCUAUAGCGAGAUUUUAUGUAAGGAUGAAAUAACCACUAAAGUCUUUUUUUGAAAAGAAAAAAAUAAGUCAGUACUUAGCAGUUUUCUGGGUAUAUAAUAGUUUUGGAGGUAGUAUUAAAUUACCAGGCAGAAUAAUUGAUCACUAAGAUCUUGGUUAAAAAAAUCCUUUUUAUUCACAUCACUUACAAAAGGAUAACAUAGUUUUGCUCACUUGGCAUUAUGUCAAGUUCCCUUGCAUUCUCCUGGAGGGAGAUGAAACACUAAACCCUUUAGUCCUGUCUUCUCAGUGUUUCCAGCGUCAGAAAUCACACCAGAGUACCCCGUUUGUGUCUAAACCUUGGUGGCUUAUCAGUUGCACUCUCAAUUAUGUCCCACCACUGCCACCAUCAUCUAGAAGCCUCCACCUCAUAAUUUUUACCUUUUGCAAAAACUCUCCUUUCUGUUGAGGGAAAGCCCUUAUGGGGAGCUUCCUAGCAAGCUUUCCAACUUUUUAUCCUCAGCCCUGUGACUUUUCUUCAUAGAUCACAGGACAGUGGUUCUCUUCUUACACCUUGACUCCCUGCCUUUGAGAUUCAUAUAUAGCCUUUAACACUAUGCAACUUUGUACUUUGCGUAGCGGGGAAGAAACUAUUAUCUGACACACUGGUGCUAUUAAUUAUUUCAAAUUUAUAUUUUUGUGUGAAUGUUUUUUUGUUUGUUUUGUUUAUCAUAAUUAUAGAUUAAGAAAUUUAUGUAAAUAUACUUGGUCCUGUUUCCAGAAUGACAGUAUCUGUUCUCCUCUUCCCUACAUAUUUCCUUUUAACCAGCACAACAGUUUGCAUCACACUUUCUAGUGCCUCUGACUGUUUCUUCCAUUUAUAAUUCCUCUGGAUUAGGUUCUCCCCUCCAUUGCCCUCCUUUGUACCCAUUGCCUUGUGUUUGCAGUAUUUGUAGUUCGUAGUAUUGGUAGAUAAUUGUUUACCUAAACACACAGUCUCUAUAGAUAAAAGAGCCCCUCAGACAUCCCCCAGAUACAGCACCAGGUUGCCCUGAACAGUUAUUUCUUGAGGCUGUAGAGUCCUUUGUGUCUGUUAUAUAACAGCAGUGCUAAAUUGACUUGUGUGUAGUAGCUUUAGGGGGUACUACUAUAGGGGUCUGCAGCCCUGUUAUGAGUCCAGGUAGAAGUGUAUUUCCUGGAUGUAAUCCCUGUGUGGGUGUAUAUGAAAUGUGAGAGCUUAAUAUCGUUAGAUUUCCAUAAGGCAUCAGGGACAGUGCUAUAGGAGGGUAGAUGGGGAGGAUGCUUAGUCUUUGAAUAUGCCUCUCCCUUUGCUAUCCCCUAGGGCAUGCUAGAGUUUACCAAAAAUUCUGUGACUUGGCAUUCCUCUGCCCUUUGACACCUUUGCAUCUCCCAGGCCCUUCUUGCUACCAUAAAACCUGUUGCUUUUUUUACGCCAAGUUUUCACAUCAGUAUUUCCUGACCAGCUUUUGUAGUAAGAUGGUCAUAACUUACACUCAUCUCCUGGUCAAGGCUGCAGGAAAAGACAAGAGAAUCUGCCAGCAUCGAUUUCCUCUCAUCCUUUGUACCAGAUGCACACCAGCUAGUCUUGGGCCAAGGUCAGGGACUGUUGGCUUUUUGUUUUGCCUUUCCUCAACUCUGUGGUGGUGUGGUGUUUUUUUUUUUUUUUAAACAGAAUUUUAUUUUUUAAAUAAAUAUUCUUUAUAAGAAAGUUCUUCAAUUGCACCCCUGCAUUACAGCCAUUAUUACAUUGUAGAGCUAUCUGUCCUUUGCGUAAUGGCAUUGACAACAUGGCUGUCAUGGGGAAUGUAUGAACAUGGCUGCUUUUUGCCUGGAAUUUGCUCCUUUUUGAUCUAGACUGUGGCCUUUUUUAUGUGCCUUCACUUGAGCUUUUCGCCUUAAUCUCUGCAGUCUUGCUGUCUGGGGAGGUGAACAAAAUGCAACACUUGGCGUUUUUUAUGUAUAAAACAGUAUUUUUAUUUAUAAUAAAAUCUGAAUAUUUGUAACCCCUCA